GGCAAGUUCACGCCCCGCGUUUCAUUAAUUAGCACCCAGCGAUCCAAGCCAAGCAUGGCACCCGCUCACACCCAGAGCUUGCCCACGUGGGCUCCCAUCCAGGCACUUCCCAGCGUGACCAAGCCGGGAGCUCCCGCUUUCGACGACGAAGACCCGUUGUACCUAUCGGGCGAGGAAACCGACUCUGACUCGGAGCGCGGCAGCGACACUCUCAGCCGGGAAGACCAGCAACUCAUGGCCAGCUUCAUCCGCCUGCAGAACGAGCAACGUAAGCAGGUUUGCCCCGCUAUCACGCGCACCACGCCCGUGCUGAUCCCCACACAGACGCGCAAGUACGUCGCCACAUCCACCAAGAGGUGGCUCUGGGACGAAGACGAGGAGGAAGACGACAGCGACCAGUGCCCGUGCUGCAAUCACCACGGCGUGGAGCGCCGGUCAGCCUCCCUCCCGGUCGUCGCCGUCGCUGAAACCGUCGCUGAGGCUACAGAAGCCUCAGCUCUCAGCGAUCUCAUGUUCGACCUCGAGCUCUAGGCUCGCCCCCCAAUAGAAAUUAUGUAUGUAGAGCUCAUCUACUAUAAAAAGAGAAGUGCUGUGCAAG